AUGGAGACUUCCAAGAAGCUCAUAAUAGCUAUAAUUCUCAUUUCCAUGCUUUUCAACAUUUCCUCAGCCCUUCCCUUAUGGCAAUUACCGCGGCUGAACUGGGCUCCACCAUCACCGUCUCCAGCACUGACUCCGAUGCCAGAACCACCGUCUCCGGCACCAAAGAAUUGCCCCAUAGGCACAAUGAAGCUAGGGGCAUGCGUGGAUCUUUUAGGAGGAUUGGUUCACAUCCGAAUUGGCGACCCUGUAAUUGAUCAAUGCUGCCCAAUUCUGGGAGGGCUUAUGGGGAUAGAAGCUGCGUUUUGCUUCUGCCAAACUUUUACCUUUAGGAUGCUAAAUAUGAGUGUUUUAAUGCCAGUGGCACUUGAGCUCAUUCAGACCUGCGGAAUGGAAGCUCCUCCUGGCUACGCUUGCCCCAAAAAAUAA